AGUUGUAGGUAUCGCGAGACGUGAGCUGUAACCGGGACCAAACAGGAAGACGAUGGCAGACGUGUUCGGUGGAAUAGAGGGUGGCGGGACCCACUCUAAAGCCGUGUUGCUGUCUGGAGACGGGAAGGUCCUGGCAGAGUCAGCCGGAGCCUGCACCAACCACUGGCUGAUCGGGGUGGACAAAUGUCUGGAAACCAUUAACGACAUGGUUCAGAAAGCCAAGAUCAAGGCAGGACUAGAUCCAAACACUCCGCUACGCACACUGGGAAUGUCUCUGAGCGGAGGUGAGCAGAAAGAUGCCAUCGACAACCUGAUCACUGUUAUGAAGGAACGUUACCCCAGUCUCAGCCAGCACUACUUCAUCACCACCGACGCCAUUGGUGCCAUGGCAACGGCCAGCGAUCGUGGAGGCGUCGUCCUCAUAUCAGGGACCGGAUCUAACUGCAAGUUGGUCAAUCCUGAUGGCUCUCAGCUCGGCUGUGGGGGCUGGGGUCACAUGAUGGGCGAUGAAGGCUCAGCUUUCUGGAUCGCUCAUUUGGCCGUGAAGACUGUGUUUGACGCUCAAGACAACCUGGUGGCGCCUCCUUAUGACAUCACAUGGGUUAGAGAAGCCAUGGAUGAGUACUUCCAGGUGUCGGAUCUGAUGGGAAUGCUUCCACACCUCUACAGGAACUUCCAGAAGUCCCACUUUGCUGGUUUCUGUAAGAAGCUGGCUGAAGGUGCUGAGGCUGGGGAUGCUCUCUGCCAGCAUGUGUUCGCUCAGGCUGGCAGAGUUCUGGCUAAACACGUAGAAGCAGUUUUACCUGCAGCUCAACCGGCGUUAUUAAGGUGUGAGCGCGGCCUGCCAGUCCUGUGUGUGGGCUCCGUGUGGAAGAGCUGGUCUCUCCUGAAGCUGGGGUUCACAGAGGUUCUGGAAAAAGCUGCAUCAUCAGACAAGUUGAAUGACCGUUUCCAUGGCUACAGCCUCCUGAUUUUACGGCAGUCCUCUGCUUUGGGCGGAGCUAGCCUCGGGGCUCAGAGUUUAGGUUCCUCCAUCCGUAUGGAUUACUCCACCAACGCUGAUGUCUUCUAUCAGCACACCUUCAACAGCGGAUAGUGACUAAAGCACCAGGCCACUUUAGAAUUACUGGAGCUCAUAACUCUUUCAAUCAGGAAUGAUUUUGCACGUGAUUUGAUCCCAGGUUUCUUUUUUAAAGAUUGUUUUAUCUUGGCAGCUUCUUUAACAAGAACUGGUGGGACCUGAAGUUUACUGUUCAAAAUUUUAUACACUAUUGGUCAUUUAAACUGGUGAUUUACAAUAAAAAUACUGGUGAUUUGCAGAAA